AUGCCCGCUCAUCCCAUACCUAUCCUCAUCAGCCCCCAGUUGGCAGAGGCAAAGGCAGCAGCAGCACAGACAGGCAGUGCCGUCGGCGACAACGAUAUGUUUGGAUCCAAGAACAGCAGAAGGAAAAGAGGCUCCUCGAAUCCGCCCCUCAAUGGAACCACCGCCAAUGCCUCUGCGACGACCGCUGCAGCCCAGGCCUUCCUGAAGAAUCAGGCUUCGAAUGCCUCCCUCUCGAGUGCUGCAGCCGCCGCGGCCCUACGAUCACGCCCAACAACUCCGACAAGCGUCGCGGAUGUGCAGACGAAGCGGACCCUUCGAAGGAGCGGAUCGGUAUCGUCGGUAGGAAGCUCGCUCACCGGAUCUACGAGGAGUCAGUCCCGGCCGCGACUCGAACGACGGGGAAGCUCCGGUUCCAUGACAGAGCGAACGUUUCGGGAACCGUCGCCUUCAGCGCCCGUGCCGAGCGCAAUCGAUGCGCCGCCCGUCCCAGCUAUCCCGAGCAAUGUCCAGCAGCUGCCGCCAUCUGCACCUGUUGUAUCGCACAGGCGAGCAGCAAGUGUGGAAGCGCCUGCCAUGAGAGCAUUGUCCCCCCCUUCAAACCCGGGUAAUGGUCGCAGAUCCAGCCUGGGACCUGGAGCCACGACGACCCCUCCCAGGAAAGCCGGCCAGCGGAGGUUGUCCAACAUGUCCAGUUUGUCAGAAAUGAGUGGUCCAGCAAGCAGAGGGUCCGUCAAUUUCUCAUUGCCUACAGGUUCUAGGUCGGCGUCACCCAUGACACAGAGAAGGCUAACAUCUCCGUCACCUCAAAGGGCAAAUAUUGCACGCAUUGUCUCUCCUACUAACCAGAAUCUGGUCUAUGACCCCAAUACGCGUAGUUUUCUGCCGGAAGCUCAGGUACUCGCAAUUGAACAGAACAUACAGAGUGUGGCACAGCAACCAGUCAAGAAGAAGAAGAGGCCUCCGCAGACAGCUGGGACGCAUCUAGCUGAGGGGCUGGCAACGGCAACAGGAAGACCGAGGGGGACAUUCAUUGAUGCAUUGGAAGCCGCGGAGCAGUCAAAACAUGUGGUACCAGCGACCCCUAUUGCAGCGCCAGCACCGGUACCUGCACCCAUACCAGCCCCCGCGCCCGAGAUAGCGGCAGCAGCUCCGCCCAAGAACAAGAAAAAGAAAAGGGUUGUUGUGAGCGACUCUGAGAGUGAUGCAGGGACUUACGUUCCGAAUUCCGACAAUGAAAGCGACUCUGGUGCGCAACAAUACAAUACCAGGGCGGGAGCGAUGCUGGUUAAAAGGCCAUCAAUGGUAAGAGAGGACAAGGAGCGAGAGGAGGAAGAGGAUGACAAACCCAGGCAAGCCACAAGUAACCUUGCAAGGCUGAACACUGGUUCCGAGCCGUGGGACAUGUCGCCUUCGCCGCCGCCUCGAUCGAUGGCCGGAAGAGGGCGAGGACAGGCAUCGGCAUCGGGUGCCUUGGUACAAGAGAGACCGCAAGCAAGAUCUCAUAGCCAGCCAGCUCCGAGCCCACCAUCACCCGGUAUGGGUGACACUGGAUUGACUUCACGAGGCAGCGUCAGAGGAGGUCGGGUGGCAUCGGUGAGCCUAAUGCGGACAGCGCAUUUUGCAACCACACAAGAGAGCUUGAUGGUAAAACACGACCCUCCCGAGAGGUCCUCCUCACCUCGUAAAUCUGCAUUGAAGCACUCCAGCUCCCCUCGGGGACCAUCUCCCAACGAAGGAAGCUCGGGUAUCGAUGAGCAAGCAUCAAAUGACUCGGGCGCACAGUCCGAAGUCCUUGCGCCCAGUCGAAAGAGGACCAAUCGAGUCAGUUUCGAUGAGACGAACGUGGAUGUUGGGCAAGCAGCUACAUCAGUCACUACGAACUCGCCAGUUGUUCUCGGUCCUCAGACAAAGCGCCAAUGGUUUAGCAUUGGGCGCAGCAAGAAACAGGAGACUGCGGAGGUCGACGACGACGAUAGCGAGAUCAUGAAGCCGCGACCUGCUCUGCCGUCUUUCGGAAGUGUCCGAGAGAAAAAGAUCCAUGCGAGAGAGGUGGAAGAGCGACCCCUGAUGAAGCCAGCCUCCGAAGCUCCGCCUCCGGGUUCUCCAUCACUUUUUACUCCGCCCACUGGCGAGGUCAUUCAAACCCAGCUCGGACAAUCUGAUGAUCACAAUGUAGGAGCUGUAAUUUUCCAAGAUGCGGCAUCGAAGAACACUGCAAACAUUUCAAAGUCCCGCGAGCCUUUGCCUGCCAAGGUCCCUUCGGCGGACGGCAACGGCUACCACUCAGGCAGCGAUAGCAGUCUGUAUAGCGUAGAGAAUGGGAAUGUCGGCCUCACUCGCGGCAACAGUGUCAGGCGUGGACCGGAAGAUGGGGAUGCGGAUACUUACAGAGCACUUGCUUCCCCCAUCCCACACGAACCCGAAAGUCAAACUUCCACUGACAAGGGGGAAUUUGAGGCUAUGGCUGAGUCUGAAAUUCCACGAAUCGCUAUACUUUCGGCAACACCAACCUUGGAAACUACAGAGGCGAACCGAGAGUGGCUAGAUAUGCCUGGUGCUUGGGACAGAUCAAAUUCCUACUCUGGCAGUCAAGGGGGGCCAGACGAUAACUAUCACGCAAUCAUCGAGCACCACCCUACCGAACCAACGCCUGCUGAGGUGGGAAUUGCGGAGCCAGACUUGGAGACGCCACGUGCUGGAUCGCCUGUAUUGGGGGAGUUGGCUGCUUAUGCUGCACAUCCUGUCAUUCUAGAGGAGCCCGAAGAAUCAGAUGCCGACGUGUACUCCGAUGCGGCUGAAGAUUUCUCAGACGCCGACGACAACGGGUUCAUGUCUUUGAAUGCUGUAGCGGACAGUCCUGCUCCCAAGACGACGACGAUACCUGGUCUGGCCAUCUCGACACCUCCCGAUAGCCCUACAACGAAACAAACUAAGGAAAAGGCUUACCAAAGGUCACAGUUGUCAAGAAAAUCAAGUGAGCCAGGCAUGGAUCAAGGAUGGGAGAAGGUACAGGCAUACUGGAGCACUCUUUCCGCCGAGAAAAAGCGUCAAUUGGAAGACGAAGCUCGCGAAGAAGCAGAAGGAUCCGAUACUGAGACCGACGCGAAACCAGUCCCAGCUUCGAUUUUGAAGAAAAAGAAAAGGGUUACUGUCCAACCUGUGCCAGUAGAAUUAGAAAGUCAAAGGUCAAUCGGCAACGGAAGGACUUACAUGAUCACACCUGGUGCGAAGGCUGGCCCAGGUGGACAUGUUCCACUUAGAUCCUCCAUGCGUGCCGAACCUUCCAGCUCUGCCGAGGAUCCUCACAUUCGAAAGUCGAUGCGUGGACCUGGGUCAAUGCGGGCUUCGCUACGUGCCGAGACGGAGCACAAAGAAGAUUUGCAAAAGAGGGUCCGGCCCAUGUCAUCAUCUGCCGUCGAAGGCAGACGAACUGGGAAUGGUCACCUUAGAACCCUUUCGGCUGCAAGCGCAGCAGCUGCUCAAGAUGCCGCGACGCGGGAUAUGACACCAAAGCCGAUUCGCCCCAGGAGCGGCUCAGCAGAUAGUGACAGCAGCUUCAAGCGACCCGGCAACAGGAGUAACGAUAUUCCAAGUUUCAGGAGCUCCAUGCGAGGAUCAGCUGAUAACUCGUCAGCUCGACGACCAGGCUCACCUACACGAUCGAGUCGAUUCAGCAUUCGUUCCCUAUCUCCGACAGGCUCCACUUUCCGCCGCUCGUUCAAUCCCGCUCCACAAGCCAAUCUUCCGCAAACACAUAUGCGCAAUUCUAUGCGCAGCUCCUACGAUACGACCCCAUCGAUGAGAAAUAAGCCAGCCUCGAGCAAGGGUGGUUUCGGCCGUUCGGCACCAGCAAAAACCCAGCAAAAGCCAACCCGUCGCCUCGCCAGCCGUUUCGCAGACUCCAGCGACGAAGAAGAUGACCGACCCGUCUUCAAAAGCCGCUUUGACGACUCCGACGACUCCGACGAGGACGCCCCCGCUCCUGCUUCUUUUGUAGGCGGUAGAGUGCGCCACAGCGCCCCGGUGCGCGGAAUUUCAAAGGGCUCUGGCAUUGAGAACCGGGAUUCUAGUGACUUGCCUGACAGCGACGAUGAGAAGUCCAAAAUUACCCCGAAACAAAACGGCAAUAGCAAUGGUGCAGCUCCUAGCCAAGGCACGAUACAGAGAUCAGGCUCAGGCCGCGGCACUAUUUCUCUCCCCGCCGCCACAGACUUUCCGCCCACAAAAUCAAAUUCGCGACAAAGAAGCAGUUUCGUUUCUAAUAUCCUUCGCCGUAAGAAACCAGACGCUGCCUCUCGCGUGCAGAAGUCAAACGCAGAAAGCUCUGCUCGACAAGAAACCCCAUUAGAGCGCAAAAAAUCCGAUUUGCAAGCCCUCCGCGUCCCUGAAAAGGAAUCGCAGGUCUCGUCUCCCAGAUUGCAGAAGCGCAAUCCACUCAGUCGCGAGAACAGCGGCGCCUGGCCACUACCCACAGAAAAUCAGCCGAUGAAAACCGUGGACGGCGGCCGGCCAUCCACCUCUGACGGCGGCAAUGGCAUCGUGCGCGUUGGUGACAAAUUGGCCGAUCUGAAUCUCAGUCCCAACGGCAGCGACAGACCUGGCGUCGGGACGCGCCGGUAUACGGCGACGGGGCUGAGCGAGGUGGAUAUCAGUGCUGUUAGGCUACAGGGGGGGGCGAGAAGGAAGAAGAAGUUUGGGGCGCUGAGGCGGAUGUUCAGGUUGGACGGAUAG